UCAGAGGUGAGACUGAAAGGGAUCGCUGGGGUUUGAUGUAACGAAGGAGGACAACCUCAUGUGAGGAAAGGUUGAGUAAAAUACUGCGAGAAAGAUUCCUCUCAGGGAGGAGUUUCGUUUGUCUCCAAGCCAAUCGGGACGAGCGGAAACAGGUCAGGUAGCCGAAGAGGACCUCAGAGAGAGCGCAGGCAGGGCAGAGCAGCCACGCACGGCAGGAGGUUAGUGGACUUACCGGGGGGAUUAUGUCCAAACCUUCAUCCAACGUCAAGGCCCUUCAGGCUAAUUUGAACAUCCCGAUGGGAGCUCUGCGUCCAGGGGCGGGACAUCCUGUCAAGAGGAGAGAGGAGACAGUAGACACAGAAGAGGCUCAUUCACCAGACCAGCCCAGCGCUGCUGCCCAGACGCCGGAUGAGAAGAAGGCAUUGCCUGGUGCGGUGAAGCUGCCAGGUCCUGCUGUUAACCUAUCAGAGCUGCAGAACGUCAAGAGUGAACUACGAUGGGUCACUAAAGAUUAACAUGAGUCCUAGCCAGGCGAAGAGGAAGGCAGAUAAUCUUCACACAGUCUUGCCCACUGCCACUGACAAUUAGCAUACUUCCAGCAUGUUCAGCAAUGCAGCAGCUUUCUGUGAAGCCAACGUCCACCAAGAAGCAGGAAUCCAUAAGCUCUCCCUCAGUCAGUACGCUAAUAGAUUGAAACACUAAAACUAUCUAUAUUUAUCUCACCAUCUCAUUUGAGAUUGUUUUGACACUAAAUCCAAAUAUAAUUUGUACCAAGAGUUAAGCGCUGUCAAGUAAAGCGAGAUAUUCUAAUUUGAUUCUGCUGCAGAUAAGACUCCACUUUACUUGGACUCGUAUGUGCAAGUGAGUUGUAUUGCAAUAACAGUGUGUUCUUUGCUAUAUUUGUUCUGGUGGUAUUUUUAAUUCUGAAAUCGCAGGCUGAGACGGACUUUUAUCGACCUUUAAGAAUGAACCCACUUCACAAAAAGCACAAGUGUGACUCCACUUCUAAUUCUGUGACUUGAAGAUGCUUCUUUUUCCUUUACUGUCAAACUAUUCAACGGUGAUUUACAGUCUUUCUAUUAAAUGAUUGAUUUCUAAAUGUUUUAAUAUUAAUUUUUAAUUUCUGAUGGAAUUUCAGUUCAAUUGGUUCACUUUUUUGGUGGUGGUGGUGGGGUAUUGUAAUAAAUGAAGGUGGUUCUAAAAAUCACAAAUU